GACUCGGGACGGGAUGGAUACAUUGACCUGAUGGAGCUGAAGCUGAUGAUGGAAAAACUGGGAGCCCCACAGACCCAUCUGGGGCUGAAGAACAUGAUCAAGGAGGUGGAUGAAGACUUUGAUGGGAAGCUCAGCUUCCGUGAGUUUGUUCAAAUUUUCCAUAAAGCUGCAGCUGGGGAACUCGAGGAGGACAGUGGCCUGUUGACUCUUGCAAAGCUCUCGGAGAUAGAUGUCUCCAUUGAGGGAGUGAAAGGAGCCAAGAACUUCUUUGAAGCUAAGGUUCAAGCCCUGUCUUCAGCCAGUAAGUUUGAAGCAGAGAUAAAAGCUGAGCAGGAUGAGCGAAAGCGGGAAGAGGAGGAAAGGAAACACCGCCGAGCGGCUUUCAGGGAGUUAAAAUCUGCAUUUACCCAGUAACUGACCAGCCAAUAUGUACUCUGAGAUUGCACAUGACUUGGUACGUUUCCCUGAUCAGGGCUCUACCUGAAGAGAACUGCCUGGAUCCUGCCUAAAACUCAUUACAGCUUUGCUAGCCUUCCUCUCCUGAAGAUCCUCCUGAGUUUCUAAGGGCACAACUCUUGCAGUUACUAUGCAUUCCUAAUGAUGUGAAUCAUAAGAGCUGUGUACGUGCUGUUUGUUUUGAACUGUCAGGAGCACGUCACCCUGAAGCAGAAACAGCAGGUAGCAAAUCACAGUAAGCACUGACAAGCUUCGUGCUCGCCGAUUUUGUUCUUUCCUUCUUUCCUAGACAUCCUUUUCCUCUUAACUCCUUACUAAUUAAUUCCUUGCUUACAGGCAAGUAGUGAGGUCU